AAACCAGCCCAAGUUUUAAAGGGCAGAGUUGUAAAAACUCCCAGGCUGAAGGGGAGUUAUCUUGUGGACGCCUGUAUCCCGGAUUCAUCCUUUAUCCCACAGAUACGACACCGCCUGGAUCUACAGCUACUACGUCGGCAACAAUUUUCUAUUUGAUUCGUACAGCUACAGUAGUGCAGCGCGAAGUUUAACAUCUCCAGGAACGGGACUGUUGAGCAAGAAAGGGCCUGCUGUGAAUUUCUAGGAUCUUCCACCAAACUCUCAGAAGGAUAUUGAUUUUUCAAGUUCCCAACUGAUCCUGGCUGCUUUGGAGGCUCGCAACGCCACGAUAAAGCAACUGUGACGGUCGAAGCAAAGUUGAAGCAGCUAUGCAGCUUGAAAUUCAAGUAGCACUCAACUUCAUCAUUUCCUACCUGUACAACAAACUCCCAAGGCGGCGUGUGAAUAUUUUCGGCGAAGAGCUUGAGAGGCAGCUGAAGAAGAAGUAUGAAGGCCACUGGUACCCGGACAAGCCGUACAAAGGCUCGGGGUUCCGGUGCAUCCAUGUAGGCGAGAAGGUGGACCCCGUGGUGGAGGAGGCGGCCAAAGAGAGCGGGCUGGAUAUCGCGGACGUCCGGAACAACUUGCCCCAGGACCUGAGCGUCUGGAUCGACCCCUUCGAGGUCUCCUACCAGAUCGGGGAGAAGGGCCCCGUCAAGGUGCUGUACGUGGACGACAACAACGAGAACGGCUCUGAGCUGGACCGGGAGAUCAAGAACAGCUUUAACCCCGAGGCGCAGGUGUUCAUGCCCAUCAGCGACCCUGUCGGGGCAUCCUCAGAGUCCAGCUCACCAUCUCCUCCCUUUGGCCAGUCGGCCGCCGUCAGCCCAUCGUUCAUGCCGCGCUCCACCCAGCCCUUAACCUUCACCACCGCCACCUUCGCCGCCACCAAGUUCGGCUCCACCAAGAUGAAGAGCAGCGGCCGCGGCGGCAACAACAACAGUAGCACCGCCGCUGGCGGAGGCAGCGGCGGCAGCACCAAGGCGGCCCGCACCUCCCCCACCAACAACCUGGGUCUGAAUGUCAACACUCUACUGAAGCAGAAAGCCAUGUCCACCUCCAUGCACUCGCUGUACGGGCUGGGCCAGCAGCAGAAGGCCUCCGCCCUGUCACCCAAUGCCAAGGAGUUUGUGUUCCCCAGCCUGCAGGGCCAGUCCAGUCCCGGGGCCGCAUUCCCCGCCGACGGUCCCCUGGGGCUCGGCCCCCUGCAGUACAACAAUGCCUUCGACGUGUUCACGGCCUACGGAAGCCUGAACGACAAGUCGCUCAUGGACGGGCUCAGCUUCAGCCUGAGCAACAUGCAGUAUUCUAACCAGCAAUUCCAGCCGGUCAUGGCUAACUAAGCUAACAUCAUCAAAUAUGCUAUUUAUGAAUGACGGUGGCUCAAAGAGAAGGGAAAAACAACUAAAAGAAAAACGCACACCUAUCAACCGGACUGAAGGAUUUAGCUGAAUAAGCAGUGAAGCGCAUGUGCCCAGGUGGGUGGGGGGUGUUUUUACCGAGCCCCCUUUGAGUUUCUACUGAAAGCUUGUUGUACAAACACAUCCGAGCUUGAAUUCAACAUGCAUCAUUGUUUUUCUUUUUCCUUUUUGCCAACCAAGCACAAACUUUUUUCUUUUCUUUUUUUUCUUUUUCUUUUUUUACUUUGAGGAACUACUCCAAAAAAAGAAUAAAAAAUAAACGCUUCAAGUUUUGGCCUCUUACAGUAUUUUACAGAUGGUAAGACAAGGCUGAUUUUUACAAAUUGGCACUACUAAGUGGGGUUACUUGGUCUUUUUCUAAUUGUAUAAUUUAAUUUAGUACAGAGUUUGUAAGAUAUCAGAGUAUAUAUUGUUUCUAUGACAUGGUGUUGCAUUUAUAUCUUUUUACUACUCCAGUGAUCUGUGAUGGCUGCAGCAGCUUUUCAUUAUUUUUUUUUUCCUUUUUUAAGGAUAAUUGUUAAAGAAAUCCAUCUUUGGAAAAAAAAAGGACAAAAAAAUAUCUAAUAUUCAGAAGAUUGUGUACAAAGUUACCUUAGUGGUGGAAUUGAAGUGUAGGAAUAUUUGCUUUUUUCUGAAAGAUGAAUUGUAUUUUCUGUUGAGAGGUUUAAGAUUUUUGCUAUACUAUGGACAAAAAAUGUACUCGUAUGAAUAUUAAUUUUGUACCUACAUUGUGCAAUACUUGAUAAAGAAAAAAUACGGUAUAACAAAGUAUUUUGAGUCAGUGUCUUACAUGUCAAGAGGGACUGAAAUAGUUUAUAUUGUUAAGUUUGUAUUAAAUGCUUAAAAAUGAUAUGCUUGUCUUUAUUUUUUUUAAUUUCAUAUUUGCACCCUGGUCUUUUUAAUAAAAUAAACUGCAGUUGAACAUGA